AUGAGCUCCGUGACGAUAUACAGACAUAUUGCAGCUCUGUAUACCGGUGAAACUGAUAUUAAGGAUGCUGCUAUCGUUGUGAAUAACAACGCUAUCGAAUGGGUUGGUGACGAUAGUAAACUACCCUCAAGUUUCUUGUCGGCUACAAGUAAAACAGUCGACUGCAAAGGACUGGUGAUCAUUCCAGGCUUCAUAAAUACUCAUCAUCACAUGUAUCAAUCGCUCACUCGCGGAGUGGCCAUCGAUUCACCACUCUUCAAUUGGUUGGAGGCCCUGUAUCCGGUGUGGGGACGCAUGAAGAGUGAAGAUGCCUACUACGGAUCUAAGCUUUCUAUGGCAGAGCUCAUUUUGUCUGGAUGUACCACGUCUAGCGACCAUCAUUACAUAUUUCCAAAUAAUGUUACUUUGGACGAUACAAUCAAAGCAGCCAAAGAUAUUGGAUUACGGUUCCAUCCGACGCGGGGAUUUAUGACGUUAGGGAAAAGCUCUGGAGGUCUACCACCAGAUGAACUCGUAGAAACUACAGCUGGAGCACUCGAUGAUGCAGUGCGUCUCAUCGACACAUACCAUGACUCAAAACCGUUAUCCAUGAUACGAAUUGGGAUCGCACCAUGCUCACCAUUCUCUGUCGAUAAAGAAGCCAUGAUAGAAGCCGCUACUCUAGCUAAGAAAUAUCCAGCUGUCAUGCUCCAUACACAUCUGGCUGAAAAUGAUCAGGACAUUGCGUUUAGUUUGGCAAAAUACGGGUGUAGACCUGGGGAAUAUCUGACUCAAUGUGGAUGGGACUUUGAUAGGACAUGGCUUGCUCAUUGUGUUAAAUUAGAUGCUAAAGAGAUUGCCCAGUUUGCAGCAAACGGUUGUGGGGUGUCGCAUUGUCCCGCUUCGAAUGCAAGGUUAGCAUCUGGGAUAGCUCCUGUGAGAGAGAUGGUAGAUGCUGGUGUAAAAGUGGGGUUUGGAGUUGACGGAUCGGCAUCGAAUGAUUCUGGGUCGUUAUUAGAAACUGCUCGCUGGGCAUUAUUGCUCCAAAGAGCACGGAUAUGUGACGUGAAAGGGAUGGGAGUGCGUGAAGCUUUACAACUAGCAUCAUUUGGUGGUGCCAAAGUGUUGGGCCGUGAAACUGAUCUAGGAAAGAUCCAGCCAGGGUUUGCAGCUGAUUUCAUUGGCUGGAAGAUUACUGGUAAUGUGUCUAUGUCUGGAGCGUUGGAUCCUGUGGCAGCCAUCAUGUUGACGACACCUGGAAAUGUGACUAUGAGUGUUAUUAAUGGUCGUGUGGUGGUCGAGGAAGGGAAGUUGCUUACUUGUGAUUUGGAUGACCUUGUGGCAGAGCAUUCGAAACGUUCAAGGGAUCUACAGGAAGGAAAUCUGAGCACAUUCAAGAAACCAAAAGCGACUGCUAGUGAAGAAGCAGCAUUGACUGCAUCAGAUACUAGGAAGCUGGUAGAGAACAAUGUCAUCAACCAAACAUUAUCGACAACAUCAAAUCCAGAAGAUAGACCUAUACGACCAGCACCAUGUGAAGGUGCUUUCGCUCCUGAAUUCGCACCGAACAAUGAAGGAAUUACAAUCGUCACAGAUCAUCAGCCUCUUGCGCCACCACCACCGGCUCAAAAUCCUAUCGUAAAGCCAUCCCGACCUGCUAUGAUGCCAAUGCUGUUUGGACGCCGUGGUACGGAUUCCGAGGUGCCCAUCCCAAUACGCGAAACUCCUAUGAUUGUCAAGAACAAGGACAUGCGACAGAAUGGUGGCACUGGAAGAAGGAGAUCAAGUUUGGGAUUACGAGGUAAACGCUCAUCUUCAUCUUCAAGUGGAUUAUGUGCACCUCCACACACAAUCAUCGAACCAUCCGAAUACUACCGUCAUAUAAAUGCAGAUAGUUCCGAUCCAGUCAGAAUGAGACAAUUGUUAUUAUGGUGUGCAGCCAAGGCUAAGCAGAAUGUGGAAGAAGAAGCAAAUCCAGAAGUCGCACGUGUUUUCGAAGCCGUGAUGGAUGAUGUGAUUGCUGGUCUGACAGACAAAUCAAUUAACACAUCGUGGUACCAUCGCAAAAAUGAUAGCGAUGAAGACGAAGGACAAACAGCCGCAAAACUACCCAAUCCCAAAAACGAGCAGGCCACUCUUGCCUUGGCUCGGUAUCAAGAAGGCAUUCAAAAGUUUUCGAGUGAGGAACAGGCAUGGGUGUCUCUACUCAACGAACAAUCAACAUUACAUGCUCAAGCAGUAGAUCAGUAUCCAGAAGUCGAGUCGAUACCCUACAAUGAAGAACUUUUGUCGUCUUUGACGGAAGAUGUGCAGCUCUUUGCCAAUGCAUACCUACAACCUUCAGCAGCAGACGAUUUCUCAGAACAAAUCAAGAGGAAUUUACAACAGUUGCGAUUGAAUAUCCAUCAUUUACAACAUAUGGUCAGUCAGACAUCAGUUGAGUACACCAAGAAACUUCGAGAUUGUGAAGCACUGUUUGCUCAGAUCUUGCAGGCAUAUACUGAACAAGAAGCCCAGUCCCGAGCAAAUAUUGAGCCCAUGGAAGUCUUGAGGUUGCUGGCUGCUUCGGCUCCAUCUACAUAG